AUGAACACUAGGGCUUUUAACAAUACGCAAAUGAUGAAGUCACAGAGUAUGAAUGACCUCCACCAUGCAAUCCCUCAGACACAGAAGUACAAGAGUCCCAAAUGGGAGUAUGAACAUAUGUCUGAAUUUUACAAGAGUAUUCCAAAACCCGCAUUAGCUCUAAAGACCAGCAGCGGUACACAAUCGUGUAAAUAACAUUGAUGUAACUCCUGACCGGUAUGUGCACUAUAGCUCGCCUCGGUUCCAAAGAAGGGUGAUUAACAACCUAUCCUAUGAGAACGAUUACUUAAAAACAGAGCUAAGCAAGGUUUAUCAUAACGAAAAAUAACCAAUUUGAGAAGCUAAACAUUCUUCGUGAUUCCAUUGCUAAAUAACCAAGAGCUAGAGAGACAGAUUGAGAGGAAGAAGAUCGAAGAUAUGCAGAAUCGAAGGAAGAACGAAGACCAAGCUAUGAAGGAAAUAUUACAAAGGCAGAAAGAUGAAAUUAACCUGCUUAAAACAUCAAUUCUGGAAGAACAAGAAACAAGGCAUAGGGAUGACAAGAACGGCUGGAUGUCUGCAAUAAAAACACUCGAAGUUCAGAACAAAUUAAGGAAGAACUACAAUAAACGGCUUAAAAAGACACUGAAACAAAUUAAAAAGCAAGAGCAACAAAAGAGAGAUGCGAUUGAAACAGAGUGGAAAUAUUUCAGUAGUAUGAGGAAUGUCUUUAUGGGAUAUCCCGCUUAUAAUCCUUACCAUAAACGCUUUUCCUAAUUAAAAAAUCU